AUGUUUAUUUAUAUUAUUGUUACAGGUGCUGUAUUUACACAAGAUCAAAAAGACAGUAGCACAGAACUGGCAUUCAAGUAUGCAGUGUAUCGCAUCAACAAAGACAAACAUUUGCUGCCGAAAACCACGCUCAAGUACGACAUCAAAUACGUUCCAAAAGACGACAGCUUCCACGCAUCAAAGAAAGCUUGCCAGCAGGUGAGGUUCGGCGUCCAGGCGGUGUUCGGGCCGUCGGACCCGCUGCUGGGCGCACACAUCCACUCCAUCUGCGACGCGCUCGACAUCCCCCACCUGGAGGCGCGCCUCGACCUCGACACCGAGUACAAAGAGUUCUCCAUCAACCUCUACCCCUCGCAGUCGCUGCUCAACAAUGCUUUCCAGGACGUCAUGGCCUUCCUCAACUGGACGCGAGUCGCCAUCGUCUACGAAGAAGAUUACGGCCUGAUCAAGCUGCGAGAGCUGGUGCGAGCGCCCACCAACCGCGACGUCGAGAUCCACCUGCGCCAGGCCGACCCGGACACCUACCGCUCCGUGCUCAAGGAGAUCAAGAGCAAGGAGAUCCACAACCUGGUCGUCGACACCAAGCCCGAGCACAUGCACCACUUCCUCAGAGGCAUACUACAACUGCAGAUGAACGACUACAAAUACCAUUACCUCUUCACAACUUUUGAUAUCGAGACGUUUGACUUGGAAGAUUUUAAAUAUAAUUUCGUUAACAUGACAGCGUUCCGAAUAGUGGACGCUGAGGACGUCGGCGUGAAAGAGAUACUGAAGGACAUGGAACGCUUCCAGCCUGUAGGUCAUAGCAUUUUAAACAGGUCAAAUAUUAUUCAGGCGGAGCCGGCGCUGAUGUACGACUCGGUGUACGUGUUCGCCAUCGGUCUGCAGACGUUGGACCAGAGCCACACCCUGCGGCUGUCCAACGUCUCCUGCGAGGAGGAGGUGCCAUGGGACGGCGGCCUCAGCCUCAUCAACUACAUUAACUCGGUGGAGCUGAAAGGGCUCAGCGGGCCGAUCGAGUUCAAAGAAGGGCGGCGCAUCCAGUUCAAGCUGGACCUGCUGAAGCUGAAGCAGCACGCGCUCGUCAAGGUCGGCGAGUGGAGCCCCGGCUCCGGGGUCAACAUCACCGACCGCGCCGCCUUCUUCGACCCGGGCACCAUGAACGUCACUCUGGUCGUCAUCACAAUACUGGAGAUCCCGUACGUGAUGAUGCACUACGGCAAGAACUACACGGGGAACGAUCGUUUCUACGGAUUCUGCGUGGACCUGUUGGAGCGCAUCGCUCGCGACGUGGGCUUCGACUACAUCCUGGAUCUGGUGCCUGAUCGCAAGUACGGCGCCCAGGAUCCCAUCACUGGCGAGUGGAACGGCAUGGUGCUGCACCUCAUGAAGCACGAGACCCCGUACGUGAUGCUGCGGCCGCAGCCCAACCUGACGGGGAACGCGCGCUACGAGGGCUUCUGCAUCGACCUGCUGCGAGAGAUCGCCGCCAUGGUCGGCUUCGAGUACCGCAUCGAGCUGGUGCCGGACGGCAAGUACGGCGUCUACGACCUGGAGACGGGCGAGUGGAACGGCAUCGUGCGCCAGCUCAUGGACAAGAAAGCAGAUCUGGCAGUUGGCUCGAUGACCAUCAACUACGCCAGGGAAAGCGUCAUAGACUUCACGAAGCCGUUCAUGAACCUUGGCAUCAGCAUCCUUUUCAAGGUGCCGACGGACAAGGAGUCGACGUUCUUCACGUUCCUGGACCCGCUGGCGCUGGACAUCUGGUGCCUGGUGGUGGGGGCGUUCCUGCUCGCCUGCCUGUCGCUGUUCGCGCUCGCCCGCUUCUCGCCCUACGAGUGGCGCAACCCGCGGCCGUGGCGCACCCCCGACUUCCUCGUCAACCAGUUCUCGCUCUCCAACAGCCUCUGGUUCGUCACGGGAACUCUGCUGCGACAGGGCUCCGGAGUCAACCCCAAGGUCCCCACGAGCGCGCCGACGCGCCUCUUCUCGUUCAUGAACCCGCUGGCCGUCGAGAUCUGGCUGUACGUGCUGGCCGCCUACGUUCUCGUCUCCAUCACCAUGUUCGUGGUGGCCCGGUUCUCGCCCUACGAGUGGCACAACCCGCACCCCUGCGACACGGAGAACGACCUCAUCGAGAACCAGUUCUCGCUCGCCAACAGCUUCUGGUUCACCAUCGGCACUCUCAUGCAGCAGGGCUCCGAUCUCAACCCCAAGGCCACAUCGACGCGCAUCGUGGGCGGCAUCUGGUGGUUCUUCACGCUGAUCAUCAUCUCGUCGUACACGGCCAACCUGGCUGCCUUCCUCACCGUGGAGAGGAUGAUCACGCCUAUUGAGAACGCCGAGGACCUGGCGGGGCAGACGGACAUAUCCUACGGCACGCUGGACAGCGGUUCCACCAUGACGUUCUUCAGGGAUUCGAUGAUCGAAACGUACAAGAAAAUGUGGCGCUUCAUGGAGAACAAGAAGCCGUCGGUGUUCGUCUCGACGUACGAGGAAGGUAUCCAGCGUGUGCUGGAGGGGAACUACGCCUUCCUCAUGGAGUCCACUAUGCUGGACUACAUCGUACAGAGGGACUGCAACCUCACGCAGAUCGGCGGCCUCCUGGAUUCCAAGGGCUACGGCAUCGCCACGCCGAUGGGGUCUCCAUGGCGCGACAAAAUUUCGCUGGCCAUCUUGGAGCUACAGGAGAAGGGUGAGAUUCAGAUCCUGUACGACAAGUGGUGGAAGAACCCAGGAGACACGUGCACUCGCACCGAGAAGGGCAAGGAGUCCAAGGCGAACGCACUUGGUGUCGACAACAUAGGUGGCGUCUUCGUAGUUCUGCUGUGUGGUCUCGCCAUCGCUGUAAUCGUAGCGAUAUUCGAGUUCUGCUACAACUCCAAGAGAAACACGCAGUCAGAACUGCGCGCGACGCCGGCGCCGCACCAGUCGCUGUGCGCCGAGAUGGCGGAGGAGCUGUGCUUCGCGCUGCGCUGCCGCGGCUCGCGCCAGCGGCCGGCGCUCAAGCGCCAGUGCUCCAAGUGCGCCCCCGCCGCCUCGGGCGCGCCCUACGUCCCCGCCGUGCUCGACCUGCCGCCGGCCAACGGCCUGCGCUCGCACCGCGGCAGCCUGGGCGUCCCGAUCGAGCUGCCGCUGCACCUACAGCACCGGCACAGCCACGCCCACAACCACAACCACGGGCACGUGCACAGCCACAGCCACGGGCACCACGCGGCCGACUACGACCCCCCCUAG